AUGGCUGACUACGGCAAUCUUAUUGAUCUUACCUCCCAUCCCUCUAAGCUCAUAAUCCGCCCUGUUGCCGAGCUCAGCAAGCGACACUCUAAUGUCAAGUUCUACAAGAUCGAGUUCGAGGAGCUCUCCGAUGUCGGUAACGAGCUAGAUAGCCCCCUGUUGCCCACCUUCCUUCUCUACAAGAAUGGCGAAGUCGUCGCUGAUGUUAUUACCGUCAAGUCCCACGGCCUCCAGGAGAAGAUCAAGGCUUUUAUCGAAAAAGUCAACUACCAGUUUACCAAACUAUGCAUAUGA